GGGNGGCGUGGACUCCAGAAGCCUCUCGGCGCCUGUAAUAAAAGGGCUCCGGCUCGCCUGGCCGCGCUGGGAAGCUGUGUCACCUCGCCCCCGGCCCCGGGAAGGACAUGCCUCCUGCGGACCCCCAGGGGUGACUCGCGCCCCGACCCCGUGGAUGCUCAGAGCGCGCUGCUCGCCUGGGUCUCUGCCUCCGAGGGACAGGUUGCCAGGGCCCACGCACCACCCCCGGGACAAGAUGCCACCGUGGGCGCCCUGGAGAGCCCUCUCCGUGGUGCUGAUCCUGGUCUGGGCGCAUCUUCCCGCCGCGCGCACCUGCCCUCAGUCCUGCGCCUGCUACAUCCCCACCGAGGUCCACUGCACCUUCCGCUCCCUGGCUUCCGUGCCCGCCGGGAUCUCCAAACAUGUGGAAAGAAUCAAUCUGGGGUUUAACAGCAUCCAGGCCGUAUCCGAAACCUCGUUCGCGGGGCUGACCAAGCUGGAGCUGCUCAUGGUUCACGGCAACAACAUCCUGAGCAUCCCCGACGGGGCGCUGAGGGACCUCGGCUCUCUCCAGGUGUUCAAGUUCAGCUACAACAAGCUGAGAGUGCUCACCGCACAGACGCUGCAGGGCCUCCGGAGCCUGGUGAGGCUGCACGUGGACCACAACCAGCUCGAGUUCAUCCACCCGCAGGCCUUCCGGGGCCUCACGGCCCUGCGCCUGCUGCACCUGGAGGGCAACCAGCUGCGGCACCUGCACCCGGGCACCUUCUCCACCUUCGCCUUCCUGGAUUAUUUCCGUCUCUCCAGCGUCCGGCACUUGUACCUGGCGGAGAACCGCCUGCGGGGCCUGCCCGAGGGGCUGCUGCAGAACAUGCCGCUGCUGGAGAACCUCUACCUGCAGGGCAACCCCUGGGCCUGCGACUGCGAGAUGACCUGGUUUCUGCGCUGGGAGGCCAAGUCCGCAGGUGUCCUGAAGUGUAAGAAAGACAAGGCCUACGAGGGCGGCCAGUCCUGCGCGGCCUGCGCCAGUCCCCGGGCGCUGCGGGGACAGGAGAUCCACAGGCUGGUGGACGUCCCCUGCCGGAAGCCGGCCAUCGAGUCGCCCCUGAGGCUCAACGACAGCCGCAGCGACGCCGAGGAGGCCGAAGACGAGAACCCGGACGGCGUCGGCGACAGCGACGACGGCUGGGUCCCCCCCGACGGCUUCCCGGCCCCGCCGUGGCACGUGGCCUUGAACAUGACCGACGAGCACGGGAACACGGUGAGCCUGGCCUGCGGCAUCCGCAAGCCCCGCGGCGUCUACGGGAUCCGCGUGAACCAGACGGAGAGCCAGGAGCUCGACGUCAACGCCACGGUGGCCUUGACCUUCGCGUGCCCCAUGACGCGGGAAAACUACGAGAAGCUGUGGAAGCUCAUCGCCUACUACAGCGAGGUCCCCGUGAGGCUGCGCCGGGACGGCCCGCCCGCCCAGGAGCCCGGGGCCGCCGCCCGCUACCGGCAGGACGCCGAGGACCAGGACGCCCUCUACUACACGGGCGUCCGGGCCCACGUCCGCGCCGAGCCCGCGUGGGUCCUGCAGCCGUCCGUAGAGCUGCAGCUCAACCGGCGCCAGAGCAGCGCCAAGCAGGUGCUCCUGUCCUACUCCUCCCGCGUCGCCCUGACGGCCCCGGGCGGCGACACGGGGCAGGCUCGCGGGCGCAGCUGGGUGAUGAUCGAGCCGGGCGCCACGCUGCCCGAUGGCGCCGUCCUAAAAGCGCCCGUGACGGACGCGGACGGCAGGUUCUCCAUCCUCACCAGCGGGUGGCUGAAGAUAAAGGCCGCGGAGCCGUCGGACUCGGGCGUGUACCAGUGCGUGGCGCGGGUGAGGGACGAGACGGACCGCGUGGCCUACAGGGUCCUCGUCCAGCCUGCCGACGCCCCGCCGUCGGGCGGGCGCCCUGUGACGGUUCGGAAGAACCCCGGGGACGCGGUGGCGUUACCUUGCCGCGCCACGGGCGUCCCCGAGGCCCAGCUCAGCUGGAUUCUCCCCAGCAGGAGGAUCGUGAGCGACUUCGCCAACGCGUCCCAGGCCCACAUGCUGCCCGACGGGACCCUGUCCAUCCCCAACGUCCAGCCCAGCGACAGCGGCUACUACACCUGCGUGGCCGUCAACCGGCGAGGGGCCGACCGCUUCACCGUGGCGGUCGCCGUGAAUCACAAAGGGCCCGGGAGGUCGUCGAAAAGAGGCCGGCGCCCGGGCUCAGGCGGCACCGGCGGCGACGGGAAGGCCCUGUCGAGGCUCCAAGGCGACGUCGUGGACGAGGGCGGCUCCGGCCUCGACGGGGACGAUUUCGCUGCGAGGAAAGUGCCGCACCCCAAGGACCCCAAGGCGCCCGUCCAAGGCGCCGAAACCAGGAAAGGCCGCAGGAAGCUGAAGCCCUGGAAGAGUUCGGAGAAGGAGCCGCCGGAGACCAACGUGGCCGAGGGCCGCCGCGCCUUCGAGUCCCGGCGCAGGGUCAGCAUGGCCAACAAGCAGAUCACGCCCGAGCACUGGGCCGAUAUUCUAGCCCGCGUCCGCGGGAAGAACCUCGCCAAGGGGACAGAGGCGCCCGAGGCCGCGACGACCGCCCCGCCUCCGUCCGACGGCCUGCAGGUCACGCCCGUUUCCCCCGUCGCCUCGCCCCCCGAGGGUGGCGGCCUCGGGGCUGAAGCCAAAGCGACCAGCAGCACGGACCUGGGAGGAUUUACCGGCCACGACCACGACCACGACCACGACCACGACCAUGACCACGAGCACGACCACGACCACGAGCAUGACCACGACCACGACCACGACCACGACCACGAUGACAGCGACACGUCUCCUGAGGAGACCGACGAACGUCCGCUUGUCCCCGACGUUCACGCCACGGGGACCGUGGCCCCCACGUGGACACACGAGGUGCCUCACGCUCCUUCCACGCAGCCCAUCCUGGACGCCGUCAACGAAGAGCCCGUCGGUGAGCCCGUCGCCACAGAGGCCCCGUCCCCGGUGGGCGCUGGACCCACGCUGGAGCCUCCCUCGGGCGCCGUCUCGUCGGGCGAGCCGGACGCCGUGCGAUCCGUCGAGCGAGAGCCGGGGAUGAACUCGCAACCGGAUGGCGAAUCAAUGAAAGCGGCGGCCUCCGGGCGCCUCGCUGGAACGCCCGCCUUGUCCGCGGUGGACGCCCGGACACCCGAGCCGUUGGCAGACGUCACGUUAGGGGCACCGGACAUCCCAGGACAGGGACAGACGGACGAGCAAGCGGGUGGCCUCCAGCUUCUGCAAAACACCUUGAGCACCGGAGGCCACCCCGUGACAAAAGCGGGCACAGAGAGGAGACCCCCAAAGCUCCCAGGGGGAGAUCGGCCCCAGACAGGGCCCCCCGACCCCGGGAGGCCUGAGAGUGAGCCUCGGGGCGUUGAGUCUAACACUCCGCCCGGCCCGGGCCUGGGAAUGGACGGCAGGGUCACCCCGUUUCCGAGCCCCGGGGGAACCGCGCGCGGUCGUCUCCUGGACCAGGACGGCGCCACGGCAGGUGCCACCACGCCCGCCCUGAAGGCCUCUUCGCCGUCGUCGGCGCCCGCCCUUCACCCUUCCCGAAAAAGACCCAGCGGGAGGCGGCGACCACGACCCCACAAACCCCGACAGCGACACAGACAGACCCCGCCCACGGCGCCCGCCCCGGCGGACACCCCGUCGACCCGGCCCCAUCGGCCGCCUGAAGACAAGACCCGCAAAGCACCGGGUGGCCUGCUGGUUCCUACGGUCGCGGUCCCCGGAUACAUGGCGACGACAGGGAAGCACGCCGAGCCCGUCACCGGGGGGUCCCCUCGAAGGAAACACGGGAAGAGGCCGGGCAGACACCGGUACGGCAUGUCCACCCCGUCCGUGUCCAGGCCCCGCCGUCCAGGACACGAGCGUGAAGAUCUCACCACCUCCAGCCCGGAAGCUGUCCUGGUAUCUACGGCCGCGUCUCCCCGCACCGGGGACCCCCGUGAGCGCGCCGGAGGGGCAGAGCGCGGGACGGCCACCCCAAAAACACAUCUAUCCCGUCACACGUCCCAAGAGAUGACGCCCGCCGCAUACACGCCCACAUCAGGCACUUAUACUGUGGCCGAUACAAGUGACCGUCAAACUGACCGUUUCGUCCCCGGGGAGUCGCUCACCGACGUCCCGUCGCCGUCUGGCUCCGAGGGGUCCACUGGCGGAGAAUUUAAGAAACAGCCCCCUUCUCCCCGCUUUCCAGGAACCGGCGGCUGGGAUCCCCCGCCGGCGAGGCCGCAGACAGACGCGCCUGUGACCGGCCCGUCGGAAACUCUCCCAGACCCGUCAGCCCUUUGGAAAGAGCCGGGGGACCUGGGGGUUCCCUCGGAGGCGUCCCCUUCGGCAGCGGCGGUCCCCACACGCUUCCCACGGGAAGACGGCGUCGCUUCGACGGCUCCACCCGGCGCAAACGGAGAGUCAGCAUCCGCCGUGACGGCCCGGGGUGAUCCUGGAACCGCCCCAGCGACCGUUCUUUCUGAAAUGAGACCCCACGGCCCGCCUCCCGCGCCCGCGCCCACGGAGGAGCAGGUGUCCCAGUCCCCGUCCACUGCUCCCGUGUCUCUGGUCACGGCUGCGGCGAGGCCCACGCAUCGCCCUCCGGGAGCGUCUCCGGUGCCAACGGCUCCCGACGAGAACGCGUUCCUCAAUUACGUGGGGAUCCCAGACGCCCCGACCCUCCCCGCGAGCAACGAGGGGACGCCGCUGGUGUGGAGCGGCAACGAAUUAUCCACCUCGUCUCCCAAAGGCGAUGGAUUUCACGUCACCCCAAGGCAGGAAUUGGGGAAGGAAGCGUUCGACGAUGGGACGCAAAACAGCCUCCCGCGCGGCCCGGGGGCGCCCCCCCAGGAUGGGAGAGUCCACGUCUCCCACCCGCCGGCCAGAGUCCCCUGGCAACCGAGAGGGACAGCGAGACCCCCCCAAAGGACCACACAAAGCCCCUUGGGGUACCCGGUGACCCUCCAGCCUGCCCGUCACCUGACCAACAAGCCGGGGAUAACCGCAUACCCCUCAAGGGUCUUGCCAGACAAAAAGCACCUGGCGACCCCAACACUGUCCAGCCCGACGACUCCCGUUGGCCCGUGGCAUCCUUCCAGGCCGGGUAAGGUCACGGACCGCGGCACGGGCUGGUUCCACGCCGAGUCCAAGGCGUUCGGAAAUAACGACAUCCCAGACCUGCGAGACGUGGCGGGCCGGCUUCCCGGCUCCCGAGUUGCUCGCCCUUCCGACGGGAGACUCCCUUUCAUGUCCAACGGGACCGUCUCCUUCGCGCGGUUCGGGGUGAUGCCAAAGCCCCAGGCACCCACCUCUCCGGCGCCAGGGGUGAGAGACAGAAACGUCAACCCGGGCGCCUACAAUAGGAUAUAUUCUCAGGGCAUCACCCACGUGGACUUCGGUCCCCCAGCUCCCCCAUCGUCACACCGCCCGAGGACCACGUCGCCGCCCUCACCCGACACCCAGCACGUCCCCACCCGGGGCGCCAUCCCUUUCGUGACGUCCGCGGGCCCUCCGUCCAGGAGCCACCACCCCAGCAGCGCAAAGCUCUUCUCGGCGGCGGGGGGACCGCCCGCGUCCAAGUUCUGGACCCUCGGCGAAAGGCCCCAGAUUAUCACGAAAUCCCCUCAGACCGUGACCGUCGCCGCGGACACGGACGCCAUCCUCCCGUGCGAGGCCACGGGGAAACCCACACCUUUCGUGACGUGGACCAAGGUUUCUACAGGAGCCCUCAUGACCCCCAACACCCGAGUCCAGCGUUUCGAAGUCCUUAAGAACGGCACCUUCGUCAUCCGGAAGGUGCAGGUGCAGGACCGCGGCCAGUACAUGUGCACAGCCAAGAACCUGCACGGCGUGGACCGCAUGGUGGUCCUGCUGUCCGUCUCGGUUCAGCAGCCCCAGAUCGUGGCCUCCCACUACCAGGACGUCACCGUCUACCUGGGGGACACGAUUGCCAUGGAGUGUCUGGCCAAGGGGACCCCGGCUCCCCAGAUCUCCUGGAUCUUCCCGGACAGGAGGGUGUGGCAGACCGUGUCUCCGGUGGAAGGCAGGGUCACCCUGCACGAGAACCGCACCCUGUCCAUCAAAGAGGCGUCCUUCGCGGACCGGGGCGUGUACAAGUGCGUGGCCAGCAACGCGGCCGGAGCGGACAGCCUGGCCAUCCGCCUGCACGUGGCGGCCCUGCCGCCCGUCAUCCAUCAGGAGAAACUGGAGAACAUCUCCCUGCCCCCGGGGCUCAGCAUCCACAUUCACUGCACCGCCAAGGCCGCGCCCCUGCCCAGCGUGCGCUGGGUGCUUUGGGACGGCACCCAGAUCCGCCCUUCCCAGUUCAUCAACGGGAAUCUGUUCGUCUUCCCCAACGGGACCCUCUACAUCCGCAACCUGGCGCCCAAGGACAGCGGGCGCUACGAGUGUGUGGCCGCCAACCUGGUGGGCACCGCGCGCCGGACGGUGCAGCUGAACGUGCGGCGGGCCGCGGCCAACGCCCGCAUCACGGGCACCUCCCCGCAGAGGACCAACGUCCGCUACGGCGGGACCCUCCGGCUGGACUGCAGCGCCUCCGGGGACCCCUGGCCGCGCAUCCUCUGGAGGCUGCCCUCCAAGCAGAUGAUCGACACCCUCUUCAGCUUCGACGCCAGAGUGAAGGUGUUUGCCAACGGGACGCUGGUGGUGAGAUCGGUCACCGAGAAGGACUCCGGGGAUUACCUGUGCGUCGCCCGAAAUAAGGUCGGGGACGACUUUGUGGUCCUCAAGGUGAACGUGGUCAUGCAGCCGGCCAAGAUCGAGCACAAAGAAGGCAACGACCACAGGGUCUUCUACGGCGGCGACCUCAAGGUCGACUGCGUGGCCUCGGGGCUGCCCAACCCCGAGAUCUCCUGGAGCCUCCCGGACGGCAGCCUGGUCAACUCCUUCAUGCAGUCGGACGACAGCGGCGGGCGCGCCAAGCGUUACGUGGUCUUCAACAACGGCACCCUCUACUUCAACGACGUGGGGCUGCGGGAGGAAGGCGACUACACCUGCUUUGCCGAAAACCAAGUCGGGAAGGACGAGAUGACCGUGCGCGUCAAGGUGGUGGCCGAGCCCGCCGCCAUCCGCAACAAGACCUACGCCGUGGUCCGCGUCCCCUACGGGGACGUGGUCACCGUGGCCUGCGAGGCAAAAGGCGAGCCCACGCCCAGGGUGACCUGGCUCUCUCCGGCCAACAGGCCGAUCCCCGCGUCCUCGGAGAAAUACCAGAUCUACCAGGACGGCACGCUCCUCAUUCAGAAGGCCCAGCGCUCGGACAGCGGCAACUACACCUGCGUGGUCAGGAACAGUGCCGGGGAGGACCGGAAGGUGGUGUGGAUCCAGGUGGACGUCCAGGCGCCCAGGAUCAACGGGAACCCCGAUGCCAUCACCACUGUGCGCGAGAUCGCGGCCGGGGGGAGCCGGAAACUCAUCGACUGCCGGGCCGAGGGCGUCCCGACCCCCAAAGUCCUGUGGGCGUUCCCCGAGGGCGUGGUGCUCCCGGCCCCGUACUUUGGGAACCGGGUGACCAUCCAUCGCAACGGCACCCUGGACAUCAAGAGCCUGCGGAAGACUGAUUCCGUGCAGCUGACCUGCAUCGGACGCAACGAAGGAGGCGAAGCCAAGCUCGUGGUCCAGCUGACCGUCCUGGAGGCCGCCGAGAAGCCCGUCUUCCACGACCCGGUCAGCGAGAAGAUCACCGCCAUGGCCGGCCACACCAUCAGCCUCAACUGCUCGGCCGCCGGCACCCCGACCCCCACGCUCGUGUGGGUGCUGCCCAACGGGACGGAGCUCCCGAGCGGCCAGCGCCUCCAGAGGUUUUACCACAAGGGCGACGGGAAACUGCACGUCAGCGGCCUCUCCUCCGUGGACGCCGGGGCCUACCGCUGCGUCGCCCGCAAUUCCGCCGGCCACACGGAGAGGCUGGUGUCCCUGAAGGUGGGGUUGAAGCCGGAGACCAGUCCGCAGUAUCGCAACCUGGUCAGCAUCGUCAACGGGGAGACGCUGCACCUGCACUGCCUCCCGCCAUCGGGGGGCCGCCCGGGGCGCCCCUCUUGGACGCUCCCCAACGGGAUGUCCCUGCAGGGUCCCCAGACACGGGGACGCUUUUCCCUGUGGGACAACGGCACCCUCACCGUGCGCGGGGCCUCCGUGUUCGACAGGGGGACCUACGUGUGCAGGACGGACACCGAGCACGGCCCGUCGGCGGUCAGCUUCCCCGUGAUCGUCAUAGCGUACCCCCCGCGGAUCACCAGCGAGCCCACGCCGGUCAUCUACACCCGGCCCGGGAACACCGUCAAGCUCAACUGCAUGGCCAUGGGCAUCCCCAAGGCCGAGAUCACCUGGGAGCUGCCGGACAGGUCGCAGCUGACGGCCGGAGCCCAGGCCCGUCUCUACGGACACAGGUUCGUCCAUCCGCAGGGGUCGCUCACCAUCCAGCAGACAACGCAGAGGGACUCGGGCUUUUACAAGUGCACGGCCAAAAACAUCCUGGGCAGCGACUCGAAGACGACCUACAUCCACGUGUACUGAGUCGGCGGCGGAGAUGAGGGGCCGGGGGACCCACAGGCGUGGCCUGGGAAGCCGGUCGGGACAAAGCCUCACGUGUCGGGAGCCCUCAGGUGCAGAGUCCGAUUCUAAACGCCUUGGUCAUGGGGCCCAGGGGCCCCCAGGUUGAGCUGCAUUUUCUGGUGGAUCCUGACCUUGACCUUGACCUUGACCUUGACCUCGACUGGUAGGUGUUGGCCGAAGGAAGCAACGCGUAGACCGGGAAGGCGGACUCGGCCUCUCAUGUUUACAGGACGCCGUGUGCAAAUUGGAGAUUUUCCGUGGGACUGACGUCGGGGCCCCUCGGAUGCCCGAAGCGGUGUCUGGAGGGCCCACGAGGACCGUUUGCCGAAGAGGAACCACCGGAGGGAUGAACGGCGCCUGAUGGUCUCGCCUCGUUAACCCGCUGCAGUUGGACGCGUCGACCUUUCGAGAACCAGUGCCCACCUUCCUGGUAUGGCGCCUGCCGCUUCCAAACUCCAGUCGGCCCCAGAAGAGCUUAGAAAAGAAAAUUUUUUUUUUUUAAACGUACAAGUUUCCUACAAUCCAGCUACCGUUUUAUAUGAACGACUCUUUUCUACGCCCCCUCCUGGAACUCUCUUUUUAUAUAAAUAUAUAUAUAUUUUUUUUCGGUUUCUAAUUAGACCAUGAGCCUAGAGAGAGAGAAACGCUCUACGUCUCAUGAAAAAUAAUAAAUUAUUGGUCUUUACAAGACUUGAAUACGCUUAGAGCAGCCCUGGAAAUGCAAGUAGGAAAUUCUUGCCCGAGUUCCUUCCGAUUCCGACGCACCUUGGUUCUGUUACCUUUUCCAGGAACGUGGGGGGGAUAUUGCGUUUCCCGAUUUAUGAAGUUGAAGACCUCUCGUGGGGGUGCAGGGCUGAAGGGAAGGCGAGAGCUGAGACAGGACCCCGAAAAACCAACCCCGAGACGUCACCCCGCAGAGCAAACCCCGAGACGCCCGAACGAGCUCCCCAAAGUCUCUCCCCCUCGACCAUGUGUCCGCAGCAGAGGGUAGCAGGCCCCGUAUUUCCGCGGCUGCUUGACUGUAUUUUUUAAGGCCCACACCAUGUACAUUUGGAUAAUAAAAUGACAUUUUCCAAAUUAC